CAUGGCGACGUCUGUAGCCAGGGAGGACGACCCGGGUCUGAACGGACUCGUUUCCGAGCCCCAGACCAAAGUACUGACCGACCUGCCGACAGAGUUGCUCGAGCACAUCCUCUGUUUCCCCGUCCUCAAACAUGUCGACAUUUGUAACGUCUCCUGCUGCUGCAAGCGGCUGCACGACGUUUGCCACGGGAGUGGGAAGGUCUGGGGACACCAGUACAAACUCAGAUGGCCGAGACUCCAGAGGUUUUACCGCCAGAAUGAGAGCUGUGACUGGCUCAGAGAAUACAAAACACGCCUCAGAGUUGGAAUACAUAUACAAAGUACUCUGGUGUCGGUUUCGAAGAGAUUCUUCACAGAAGUCCCAUGCGUUGGCCAGGUGCUGGGAGACACCUUUGCACAGAUCGAGUCACUUGGGAUGCCGGAGCCCUUAUGCGAAGACGAGCUCGUCAUCAUACUGAGCUCCGACAAGAGGAAAAACCUAACGUUGAAAUACUAUGCAAAGAAAAUCCUGUACUUCCUGAGACAGCACAACAUCCUGAGGAGUCUGAAGACGUUCCUGGAGCAGCCUGCAGAGCAGCAGUCGGCUCUGGAAGGUGCCGUGCUGGUGGAUCAGUACUGCAACCCCCUGGCUGAGGUCACGCUGGACAGCAUAUCAGAGCAACUGGACGAGAUCACAGAGAAAGUCAGGAAGAUGCUGCGAAUCAAGACUCCGUCUCACCCCAGCGUGCGCGUCACCCAAGGGGACCUGGUCGUAGAGGACCUGGAGCAGCAGCGGCAGGUGGUGUGUGCCCUGAACGCCGUCUUGUACGAGCAGCUGCACUUCAACGGCAACGAGUACGACUACUACAACCCGCUCAACUCCUACAUCCACCAGGUGCUGCUUCGCCACACGGGCAUUCCCAUAAGCCUCUCUGUUCUUUACAUGACGCUGGCCCGGAAACUCGGCGUUCAGCUGGAGCCCGUCAACUUUCCCAAUCACUUCCUGCUGCGCUGGUGCCAGAGACCGAGAGGGAGCGAGGACAUCUACGACUUCAUCUACAUCGACGCGUUUGGGAAAGGCAAGCAGCUGACAGCCAAGGAGUGCGAGUACCUCAUUGGCCACCAGGUGACGGCAGAUUACUACAGCGCCAUCAGCACCACGGACGUCCUGCUAAGGAUGGUGGGAAACCUGCUCAACAUCGGCAAGAGAGGGGAAGGCAAUGAGAAGUCUUACCAGCUGCUGAGGGACUGUCUUGACCUGUACCUCACUAUCAACCCAAAUAAUGUGCAGUAUUUGCUGCUGAAGGCGCGCCUUUACUUCCACCUGGGAAUCUGGCCAGAAAAGGUGCUGGACAUCCUGCAGCACAUCCAGGCGCUGGAUCCCUCGCAGCACGGCGCGGUGGGCUACCUGGUUCAGCACACGCUGGAACACAUCCAGCACAAAAAGCACCCGGUGACGCCUGAGACGAAGCUGCGUAGCGCUCCAGAACACCUGGAGAUCCAGUAUUCAGUUGGGCUUAUUAUGAAACACAAGAGGUCGGGGUACACCUGCGUUAUCUACGGCUGGGACCCGACAUGCAACAUGAGCCAGGAGUGGAUCACCACCAUGAGGGUCCACCAGCUGUCCAACGGGGCUAACCAGCCUUUCUAUAAUGUGCUGGUACAUGACGGCACGUGCCGCUAUGCUGCACAGGAGAACCUGGAGCCCCACACGGACCCACAGGAGAUUAACCACCCGGAGGUGGGUCGCUACUUCUCCGAGUUUGCUGAAAACUGCUACGUUGCCAAUGCGGAACUGCAGGCCGGGUACCCAGAGGACGUGGCUAAGACUCUGGCCUUGGUACAGGAGCUCUAUCACAGACUGAGCCCUGAGACUGAGACUGAGGCUCCUGCCGCAGACCCAAAUAGCCACUGAGCCAUGUAGCUGUACCACGACGCUUCUGACCGUUACCCGGCUGCUGGUUACCCGGCUGCUGGUUACCCGGCUGCUGGUUACCCGGCUGCUGGUUACCCGGCUGCUGGUUACCCGGCUGCUGCUGCUGGUUACCUGUUCUCGAUUCUCCUUCCACUGGUUGUUGCACAUCAACACCAGGUCAAGUGUAACAAAAUGUUCUUGUUUUCUUUAAUAGAAGAAAAGAUCGUUUCUUUCUUUAUUUUUAAUUAUUUAUAUAUAUAUAUAUAUAUAUAUUUGU